AUGAGUGUUUCUCAGCAGAAUCCAUAUGCUGCAUUUUUCCAUUCUUUAAAAGAAAGAGAUGUAGCUGAAGACACACGUAUUGUAUUGAAUAUAAAUACAGUAUAUGAUCAACGUGUGUACAAUGCCUCAGCUGUUGAUGAUGUUGCUGUGAUUUGGCCAGACAGUGCUUCAUCAAGUGAUACUUUAAGCCCUCACAUACUUGUAUCUGGUAAGUCUUGUGAAUCUCAUCGAAUCUACCACAACUAUGGGUGUUAUGAACCAUUACAAUAUCCAUUGUUAUUUCCUUGUGGAGAAUGCGAUUGGAUGCAAGGGCUAAAGAAAACAUCUCAUGCUGACAGAAGGCAGGCAAGUUUAUACCCUGAUCCAAUAAUGUCAUGCGCUGUCCACAGUGUUGAAGACUUAUUGAGUCAGGAAGAAAUACAGGCAAAGAAGAAGCAUACGCGUGCUGAUAAAUUCAUUUCUCCAAGAGAAUAUUAUGCAUAUAGAUUGCAAAUACGGCCUAACAAUUUCUUGCUGAGAGUUGGUAGAUGUUUACAACAAUACAUUGUUGACAUGUAUGUCAAGAUAGAGAAUACAAGGCUUGACUAUCUGCGCAAUAACCAGUCAACCAUUAGAGCUGAUUUAUAUCAAGGAAUCCUUGAUUCUCUAGAUAGUGGAGAAACUAAAGUGCACAGUGUUGGUCGAAGAGUAAUCCUGCCUCCAAGUUUCAUAGGAGGUCCUCAGGAUAUGAAAAAACGGUAUCUUAAUGCCAUGGCUUUGGUGCAAAGAUUUGGUAAGCCUAAUUUGUUUGUCACAAUGACAUGUAAUGCUAACUGGCCAGAAAUAAAGUCCGAAUUAGCACCUGGUAAAGCAGCCCAAGAUCGUCCUGAUUUAGUAGCACGGAUCUUUAGAAUAAAACUACUUGCAUUGAAAAGAGAAAUUAUGGAGAAAAAGGUAUUUGGUACGGUUGUAGCUAUGGUGUAUGUUGUAGAGUUUAAAAAACGAGGCCUUCCACAUGCUCAUUUCUUGAUAAUCUUAAGACCAGAAUUCAAGCUGAAGUGCCUUGCUGAUUAUGAUAAAUUUAUAUGUGUUGAAAUUCCAUAUACUUCUAACCCUAUUCUUCGGAGGAUUGUUCUAGCACACAUGAUGCAUGGUCCAUGUGGCUCAUUAAAUUCGCAUUGUCCAUGUAUGCGGAAAAAAGGGCAACAGCUAAACUCUUGCUCUACGGUCAAGGCAGUAAAAUAUCUCUAUAAAUAUGUUUACAAGGGACAUGACAGGAUUUCUUAUAAUGUUCACCCUGCUAAUGAUGAUUCUGUAGAUGAAAUUGAACAAUAUCAGUCAGGAAGAUGGGUUUCUCCAUGUGAAGCUGCUUGGCAAAUAUUUAGUUUUGAUUUGUUUAAGAUUUCUCCAUCAGUAUUACCUUUACAAGUUCAUCUUCCCAAUAUGCAAACAGUUCAUCUUUGGUCGCAUGAGAGGUUAAACACUGUUAUUUCUGACUCUAAGCGUUCAAGGACUCAGCUAACUGAAUUCUUUGCAAUGAAUGCUGCAGUAGAAAGUGGUACUGGUUAUCUAUACAGUGAAUUCUGUGAACAUUUAAUAUGGGAUGCAAAGGCUAAAGUAUGGACUGACAGGGUUAUAAACAGAUAUGCACUAGGAAGAUUGGCUUUUGUAUACCCUGCAGAAGGUGAACGUUUUUUCUUGCGCCUUUUAUUGUUGAACGUUAGAAGUCCUACAUCUUUUGAGAAUUUACGAACUUUAAAUGGUUAUGGUAUUACAGGUUAUGUCUGUCCUACUUUUCAAGAGGCUGCUCUUAAAUUAGGCUUGAUAGAAGAAGAUGAUGUAGUAGAUUUAGCUUUGACUGAAGCUCUUGAACUGACUGUUAGGUCUCUUGAACAACAUCUUGAAGCAAUGGGAAAAUCAUUAGCUACAUUUGGCUUAGAUCAUUUAAAUAGCCAAGUUGAUGAUGGUUUCAGAAGAACAAAGGGUAUUAUAGAUGCUCUUGAUGCGCCUAUUCCAGAGGAGUUCCUUACUUGUUGA